UAUUUUAUAAUGGACGAUUUUAUUCCAACACGAGUAUCAAGGAUAAAAAAAGAUGCUGUAAAGGAAUUCGUAUCGGUAAACUAUGAAAAGCCGAAAAAAAAAGAAGUAAUUAAAAAUAAAGAAAACAAUGAUAUACAAAAUUCUAAAUUUAAUAUAACAAAAAAACAAAAUGAAAAUAAUGGAAAAAAGAAAAAAGAAUUAGAAAUGAAACGUAUCAAAUAUGAGGUUAUGAAAUUUAGUAUGACUGGUUUUAAAGGAAUAGAAGCAGAAGAAGCAGAAGUUGCACUUGCUAUAAGUUUAGGAGCAAAACCUCCAAAAAAAAAAGGUAUUAAUUAUAAAAUAUUGAAACAUGAAAAAAAACAGGAAAUGCAACAAAAAGAUGUAAAAUCUGUAUCAGGUCUCGAAAAAAGUUUGAUAAAACAUAAAAUUAAAAAAGUUAGGAAAAAUUCUAAUAAUUUAUUAAGAAUGUAUGGAAAUAAUAAGAAAACUUUGAAUAAAAAAAUUAAAUAAAUUUUCUUAAGUAAGGAAGUAUUUAAUUAUUGGAUAAAAAUUAAAAAUUUAAUAAAAUAUUAACCAUAAACAUUUAAAAUAUUUUUAGUUAUUUUGUUUAAUAGUUACAACAUUAACUAAUUAUCUAACAGUAAUGUGUUUUAUGUAUUGUAUAUAUGACAAUAUAUAUUAUAACAAGUAAUAAAAUAAUAUUUUUAUAUAUUUGUGAAUUCAUUUGGGCCAGCCUUGAGCUUCAAUGAGAGGAUAUAUUUAUCUAUUCAUCUUUAUCUAUUUAUAUUUAAAAUAGAUAUUCAUAUUAUGUUUACUAUGCCAUAAAAUGGAAUGAUUUGGCAUUUAAAGAAUUGUGCUUUGCAUCUGAUUGAAGUUAAUCAAAAGCUGCAGCUGUUGGUGCAACUUCGAGUAACAUUUGAAGGAAAGCAUUCACUCCUUCUAGUAAA